GAGACCCACAAGACAAAGAAGCCCAGAGUGGGUAGGCACAGGAGCAGAUGUACAGGGUGUGUCUGACUCACACUCAAGGUUGCAUAAGCAAGAUUUCAAAAUUAAUGCUACUCUGGAGAGCUUAACCUAGUGUACAACGAUCCUGGCUGGAAAAGAAGAACUAUAGCACUUUUUUUUUUUUUUCUUCAAAUCUUUACCAUUACUUGCCUUUGUAUCUCCGCCUUCUCUUUCUGCAGGAAACUUUAUUUCCUACUUCUGCACACCAAGUUUCUACCUCCAGAUUUGUUCGGUUCAGUUGCUGAGAAGCCUGACACAACAGUGCCACUUGGAAGAAGCCAUCCAUCGGACAGAGAAAAAUGGAUGGCAAUGUCACGUUUCCCCAGCUCAGCCACAACAUGCUGUUCACAUCUCAUUCUCCGCUUACAACGAGUAUCGAGGGGAAAGUUGGAGAAUCCACCACUAGUUAUGACUAUGAUUACAGUGAACCCUGCCAAAAGGUCGACGUGAAACAAAUUGCAGCCGGCCUCCUGCCCCCGCUCUACUCGCUGGUGUUCAUCUCUGGUUUUGUGGGCAACAUGCUGGUUGUCCUCAUCCUCAUAAACUGCAAAAAGCUGAAGAGCAUGACUGACAUCUACCUGCUCAACUUGGCCAUCUCUGACCUGCUUUUUCUUCUUACUUUCCCACUCUGGACUCAUUAUGUUAUAAAUGGGUGGGUCUUGGGAGAUGGGAUGUGUAAGUUAUUCACAGGACUGUAUCACGUUGGUUAUUUUGGCGGAAUCUUCUUCAUCAUCCUCCUGACAAUCGAUAGGUACCUGGCUAUCGUCCAUGCUGUGUUUGCUUUAAAAGCCAGGACGGUCACCUUUGGGGUGAUGACAAGUGGAGUCACUUGGGUGGUGGCUGUUUUUGCCUCUCUCCCAGGAAUCAUCUUUACCAAAUCCCAAAAAGAAGACUUCUUGGGAUCUGAUAAAGAUUCUGGUUACUCCUGUGGCCCUUAUUUUCCACCAAGAUGGAAGGAUUUCCAUACUAUAAUGAGGAGCAUCUUGGGGCUGGUCCUGCCACUACUGGUCAUGAUCAUCUGCUACUCAGGAAUCCUAAAAACCCUACUUCGGUGCCGCAACGAGAAGAAGAAGCACAAGGCCGUGAGGCUCAUUUUCGUGAUCAUGAUUGUUUAUUUUCUUUUCUGGGCUCCCUACAGCAUCGUCCUUAUCCUGAGCACCUUCCAGGAAUUCUUUGACCUAAGUAACUGUGAGAGCACUGGUCGGCUGGACCGAGCCAUGCAGGUGACGGAGACUCUUGGGAUGACGCACUGCUGCAUCAACCCCAUCAUCUACGCCUUCGUCGGCGAGAAGUUCAGAAGAUAUCUCUCCAUGUUUUUCCGAAAGCACAUUGCCAAACAUCUCUGCAAACAAUGCCCAGUUUUCUAUAGGGAGACAGCGGAUCGAGUGAGUUCAACAUACACCCCUUCCACUGGGGAGCAGGAAGUCUCGGCUGGUUUGUAAAUGAGCAGCAGUUUGCUUAUUUUUAAAGGGUGAUAACAAUCUACAUAUGAUCGUACACCUCAAGGUUUGUUGAAGAAAAGAGGCCUGUAAGUCUCGAAAGCAAGUGCCCAGGAACCUCAGGGCUGUGUGUACCAAGACAGACUUAUGUCACUCCUUGGAUAGCCAAGGUAUGCUCAGGGAACAUUCCAGAACAACUGUGGGUGGAGACGUUAACUCUCCUGCCCCUCAUCUCAAUUCCUGGAAAAUGCCUCAUCGCGUUGUGCUAAUGCUCUUUUUCCAGUCUUCUCCAUGUCUUCGUUCACUCUCUGAUUCUGUCAAUCUCUUGUAAUCAAUGGCCCAGCUGGAGGUGGGGAAGAGAGCAAGACAGGCAUGGGUGAACGAAAUGAGGGUGCAUGGGUUCAGGGCCGAGUGUAAGGAGGAGGGAGACCUGAGCACAGCUGAGCCUGGAUGAGGAUGAAGGUAAGGGGUUCCCUCAUCCAGCCAGGAAAUAAAUCUCCCACCCAUGUUUGACUUUGAAGGCUUCACCAGGUCAUGGAGAGCCUUGGAACUGCAAUAACUUUCUGCGAGCUUUGGUUGGGUCCAUGAUCCCCUUCUCCGUACAUGCAUGACACAUGUUUGCUUUAUUAUGGUUUAUCUACGACAACCAUGCACCCCACAUUUGAAGUCUAUUAAAUAUCAUGCCCUAUUUUUCACAAGCUUCUUAGGCCACAUUCCCCUAUAUAAAAAUUUGUAAAAAUUUUUGUUUAUAAAACAUGCAUCAUCUAUAA